AUGAGCUAUCUGCUAUCAGAGCUCUUUUGUUCCCGGUUCGCCGUGGCCCGUUCCCCCGGACAGGUGCUGCAGAGAGCGGCCAAACCAAGCCGUCACCAAACCGUAGCCAAACCAAGCCGUCACCAAACUGUCAAGGCGAUAAACAAUGUGAGUCAUGGGGAGGACAAUGUGAGUCAUGGAGAGGACAAUGUGAGUCAUGGGGAGGACAAUGUGAGUCAUGGGGAGGACAAUGUGAGUCAUGGAGAGGACAAUGUGAGUCAUGGGGAGGACAAUGUGAGUCAUGGGGAGGACAGUGUGAGUCAUGUGAGUCAUGGGGAGGACAAUGUGAGUCAUGGGGAGGACAAUGUGAGUCAUGGAGAGGACAAUGUGAGUCAUGGAGAGGACAAUGUGAGUCAUGGAGAGGACAAUGUGAGUUAUGGAGAGGACAAUGUGAGUCAUGGAGAGGACAAUGUGAGUCAUGGAGAGGACAAUGUGAGUCAUGGAGAGGACAAUGUGAGUCAUGGGGAGGACAAUGUGAGUCAUGGGGAGGACAAUGUGAGUCAUGGAGAGGACAAUGUGAGUCAUGGGGAGGACAAUGUGAGUCAUGGGGAGGACAGUGUGAGUCAUGUGAGUCAUGGGGAGGACAAUGUGAGUCAUGGGGAGGACAAUGUGAGUCAUGGAGAGGACAAUGUGAGUCAUGGAGAGGACAAUGUGAGUCAUGGAGAGGACAAUGUGAGUCAUGGAGAGGACAAUGUGAGUCAUGGAGAGGACAAUGUGAGUCAUGGAGAGGACAAUGUGAGUUAUGGAGAGGACAAUGUGAGUCAUGGAGAGGACAAUGUGAGUCAUGGAGAGGACAAUGUGAGUCAUGGAGAGGACAAUGUGAGUCAUGGGGAGGACAAUGUGAGUCAUGGGGAGGACAAUAUGAGUCAUGGGGAGGACAGUGUGAGUCAUGUGAGUCAUGGGGAGGACAAUGUGAGUCAUGGGGAGGACAAUGUGAGUCAUGGAGAGGACAAUGUGAGUCAUGGAGAGGACAAUGUGAGUCAUGGAGAGGACAAUGUGAGUUAUGGAGAGGACAAUGUGAGUCAUGGAGAGGACAAUGUGAGUUAUGGAGAGGACAAUGUGAGUUAUGGAGAGGACAAUGUGAGUCAUGGAGAGGACAAUGUGAGUUAUGGAGAGGACAAUGUGAGUCAUGGAGAGGACAAUGUGAGUCAUGGAGAGGACAAUGUGAGUCAUGGAGAGGACAAUGUGAGUCAUGGGGAGGACAAUGUGAGUCAUGGGGAGGACAAUAUGAGUCAUGGAGAGGACAAUGUGAGUCAUGGGGAGGACAAUGUGAGUCAUGGGGAGGACAGUGUGAGUCAUGUGAGUCAUGGGGAGGACAAUGUGAGUCAUGGGGAGGACAAUGUGAGUCAUGGAGAGGACAAUGUGAGUCAUGGAGAGGACAAUGUGAGUCAUGGAGAGGACAAUGUGAGUCAUGGAGAGGACAAUGUGAGUCAUGGGGAGGACAAUGUGAGUCAUGGAGAGGACAAUGUGAGUCAUGGGGAGGACAAUGUGAGUUAUGGAGAGGACAAUGUGAGUCAUGGGGAGGACAAUGUGAGUCAUGGGGAGGACAAUGUGAGUCAUGGGGAGGACAGUGUGAGUCAUGUGAGUCAUGGGGAGGACAAUGUGAGUCAUGGGGAGGACAAUGUGAGUCAUGGAGAGGACAAUGUGAGUCAUGGAGAGGACAAUGUGUGUCAUGGAGAGGACAAUGUGAGUCAUGGAGACGACAAUGUGAGUCAUGGGGAGGACAAUGUGAGUCAUGGGGAGGACAAUAAAAUGAGUCAUGGGGAGGACAAUGUGAGUCAUGGAGAGGACAAUGUGAGUCAUGGAGAGGACAAUGUGAGUCAUGGAGAGGACAAUGUGAGUCAUGGGGAGGACAAUGUGAGUCAUGGAGAGGACAAUGUGAGUCAUGUGAGUCAAUGCGAGGACAAUGUGAGUCAUGGGGAGGACAAUGUGAGUAAUGGAGAGGACAAUGUGAGUUAUGGAGAGGACAAUGUGAGUCAUGGGGAGGACAAUGUGAGUCAUGGAGAGGACAAUGUGAGUCAUGUAAGUCAUGGGGAGGACAAUGUGAGUUAUGGAGAGGACAAUGUGAGUCAUGGAGAGGACAAUGUGAGUCAUGGAGAGGACAAUGUGAGUCAUGGAGAGGACAAUGUGAGUCAUGGGGAGGACAAUGUGAGUUAUGGAGAAGACAAUGUGAGUCAUGGGGAGGACAAUGUGAGUCAUGGAGAGGACAAUGUGAGUCAUGGAGAGGACAAUGUGAGUCAUGGGGAGGACAAUGUGAGUCAUGGAGAGGACAAUGUGAGUCAUGGAGAGGACAAUGUGAGUCAUGGAGAGGACAAUGUGAGUCAUGGGGAGGACAAUGUGAGUUAUGGAGAAGACAAUGUGAGUCAUGGGGAGGACAAUGUGAGUCAUGGAGAGGACAAUGUGAGUCAUGGAGAGGACAAUGUGAGUCAUGGGGAGGACAAUGUGAGUCAUGGGGAGGACAAUGGAGUCAUGGAGAGGACAAUGUAG